AAUCUUUCGCCGCCACACACCGGCGAGUCACAGCCGCCGCCGAUGAAGCCUCCAAAGCCGAAACGGUCUGUCGCACACCACGCGAUGACGACAGCCAGCUAUGACGAUAGUGGUGGUGACACGGCGAUGUCGUCGUUCUCUUCUGACUUCGACCGGCUGUGUGAUCCGAACUUCUAUCUGGGCUUCACGGCCGACGAGGAGGCAAUAUCCGCCGAAACGAGUGCAGGCGACGGUCUUCAAGAACCAGUGCAGACUUCACCAACGGAUGUAGUAGCGGCGACGGCGUCACACAGGCAACAGCCGCCGUUCGAAGACGCCCAAGUAGAAAUCGAAGGCGAAGACAAUGAAGGAGUGAAGAAGUCAUGGCCCACCUCAACUUCUCACAACAACGAUGGAGCAGCAUCGUUCGAAAAUGGUGCUGGUGGCGGCGGCGACAGUCACAAUACUUCGGCGACUGCGAUGAGUUCAGCUGCUGCUCCUCUAACUCAGUCUCGUUCGUAUCGAUUCGUCGAGUUGCGGCCCUCCGCCUCGGCGGAUUCACACCAGCUGGACCGUUCCUACCACGCAGUUUCAGCGGCUUCCGUAAAACCGACGAACGCCAAUUUCGCCGCUGACUUCACCGAUCCAACCGACCGAAACGCGAUCGUUGCUACCGGUCGAUACAGCCGAGGCGAUGCCGAUGACGGCUAA